AUGUCNGACAUACCUCAAUUCGAGGAAUGCGCUUUUGUACCAAAUUAUCCUUUACUAUUGACGGGUCCUAUACCUAGAAGCAAGAGUGCUUUAUCGGAAAGUGAAAUCGUCGAACAACUUCCGAAUGUUUGCACCAUUAAGGAAAUUAUUAAUGUUGUGAAAAUUUUAAGUGGAGAUAACAAAAGUCGCUUAGGAUACUCGAAAAGUGUUUACCUCUUGCAAGAAAAUGAUAUUUCCGCACAUAAAGAAUUUCUGGAAGAGCUUUCUUAUUUAAUAAAUUCAUUCAAGAAACGUAACGAAUAUCGAAAAUAUGCUUACACUUGGAUGAAUCCCGAAGUUAUACCCGAUCAUAUUAUUGCAUGAUUUAUACUACAAUAAAAGCCAAUGCGGUAUUAAUCCGUCGAUAAAAAUUAUAUAUCUUGUAAUAAUUUUAAUAUUUUCAACUGGAACUGGAAACUUUAAAUUGAUUUCACGUUAUAAUUCAAUAAGUAUAUAUAAUGUAUUAUUUAUAAAUAUGAUAGAAGUUAUUUAAAAAAUAAAGGUGUUAAGUCAAGUAGUGCCAUCUUUCGGACUAAAAUUAAAACCAUUUAUUAAAUCUUAAAUAUUAAAAAAAAACCCCUUCUUAAAAAAUAAAUUUCAGACAACGUGAAUAAAGAGACUUAUGAAAUGUACAGUUAUUUUUAUUUCUGCAUUUUCGAUAACAAAUUUUCUAUAGUAAUGUUUUAGUAUAGUAUAGUAAUGCUUUUUACCUGUCUCCUUAAAAAUAA